ACAGCAAAUUCAAGCAUUACCUGCAGAAGCUCCUCAUUCAUCUACACUUAGAAUUCCCCCUUUUCCUUCUGAAUACUUUUCAGAAAGAAAAACAAAUGGAAGCAAGAUGCUCCAUUGUUUUUUAUUUCCUCAUGUUACUUGCUUUAUCUUCAGCCUUUGCAUUCCCGAGCAAGAAACAGUAUAAACCAUGCAAGCAUUUAGUCUUAUACUUUCAUGACAUCAUUUACAAUGGCAAAAAUGCUGGUAAUGCAACAUCUGCCAUUGUAGCAGCUCCUGAUGGAGCUAACUUAACCAUCUUAGCAGGCCAAUUCCAUUUUGGGAACAUAGCAGUUUUUGACGAUCCCAUUACCCUUGACAACAAUCUCCACUCGAAACCCGUUGGCAGGGCACAAGGCCUUUACAUUUACGAUACAAAAAACACCUUCACUUCUUGGUUAGGCUUCACAUUUGUUCUUAAUAGCACAGACCACCAAGGUACUAUAAAUUUCUCUGGAGCUGAUCCAAUCAUGGUGAAGUCUAGGGACAUAUCAAUCGUGGGUGGGACUGGAGAUUUUUUCAUGCACCGUGGAAUUGCAACUAUAAUGACUGAUGCAUUUGAAGGAGAAGUAUAUUUCAGGCUCCGCGUCGACAUCAAGUUCUAUGAAUGCUGGUAAUCCCUUUUUGACUUAGAGGCCAAAAAAAUUGAUUGUGUCCUCUUAUGAUCCACUCAAAUGUAUCUUUGACUUUUCCAAACCUUGCUAGUAUGAUGUACCCAGCUAGAUUGUGUUUCUUCAUAUAGUUUUCUCCAUCCGAUCUCUUCUAGCCAAAAGAGUGAAAACAGAAAUAAUGCUAUUUUAUGAGGAAAAGCAUUUUUAUUAUUAUUAUUAUUUUGGAUUGUAAAAUGCCAUCUUUGUUCUAUCUAUAACUUUUUGAGAUAAAUAAAAAACGUAGUUGUACUGAA